AUGGAGAACGCACUGGCAUUGGUUCGUGAUGAUGCUGGAGUUUGGAGAGACCAAGAUGGUCAUGUGUGUAAUGAGAGAGGCCAGCGGCUUGAUGGAGAGGGUAACAUCAUCAGGACGCUGGGUGACUACAACAGACCUGAGCAAUUCUAUGCAAAUCGGUCUGCAAUUUGCGCUCCUGCGUUUCAGAGGAACGACUUUGAGCUCAAGCCUGUGUAUUACACUCUUGUGGGUCAGCAUCCUUUUCAUGGUCUUUCUCAUGAGCACCCGAUGGAUCAUAUUGAGAGGUUCGAGGACUUGUUGGAGCCAGGAUCACUAACUACUUGGGAAGAGACCAGGAACGCCUUCCUGCACAACUUCUAUGACGAUGCCAGGUCUGAGGAACUGAGACUCAAAAUCUCAACGUUUUCUCAAGGACCAACUGAAGCAUUCAAGUCUGCUUGGGUGAGAUUCAAGUCAUAUCAGAGAGAUUGUCCACAUCAUGGUUUUAGUGAUGUUCAGCUGCUGAGUAUUUUCUUCAGAGGUGUUGAUUGGAGGUAUCAGAUGGCUCUUGAUGCUGCAAGCAAUGGGAAUUUCAACACCAGAUAUCCUGGAGACGCUGUUGUGCUUAUUGAGAACUUGACAUCUAGCAAUAGUACCAAGAAUGCAGACUAUCAGCGAAAGAAGCAGGGUGGAAACAUGGAUGGAUCGCAGAUUGCUGAGGUGAAUGCUAAGCUGGACUCUAUGCAUAGUCUUCUUGUGGGUAAAAAAUCUGUCAGAUUCUCUGCAGAAGUUCAGAAUUUUGGACCAGAUGAAGCACUUGAGGAAGAGGACGAUAACUUCAUUAAUGGAGCUGGAUUUCAGGGCCAGAGAUUUGGUAUUCAGCCAGGGAACACGAAUUACAAUAGAAAUAAUCAGAGGAGUACCUUCACAGGUAAUCAGAACUCUUCUGGUUACAGCUCCAAACCUCAGUACCAGACAUCCUACUCCAACAACAGUUUUUCAAGGAACUAUGGUUCUUCUCCUCCUCAAACUCCUGAUAAUGAGGUGAAGUCUAUGCUGGAACAGAUCCUAGAAGGUCAGCAGAAGAUGACUGUGGACUUUAAUGGAAAGAUUGAUGCUUUGUAUCUAGAUCUGAAUGGAAAAAUUGAAGCUCUUAACACUCAUGUCAAGAAGCUUGAUACUCAGGUUGCUCAAACUGCAGAGGGAUUUCUUCCUGGGAAGACUGACACCAACAUAAGACAUUACUGCAGUGCCAACUCGUUAAGGAGUGGUGAAAAGUUGACUCAUGUGCUUAAAAAGGGUGUUUCUGAGGAUGAAAUCGUGGAGUUUGACGAAUCUGAAAAAAAUUUCGAAACAGCAGAGCCGGUGUCGAGCGACACCACCACUAGUGUCGCGCGACACCAAUCGCAGAGCGAAGUUGAAAUUGCUCAGAAUCCGAAACUAACAGAAGAAAGUGUGUACAAACCGAAGGUUCCUUACGCAAGGAGUCCUAAGAAGUCUAAGCAGGAGUUAGAUGAUGCUAGAUGCAAGGCUUUGAUGGAGAAGCUUAUCAGUGCCAUGAUUCAAAAUAAGAUUCCAGAGAAGCUCUCGGACCCAGGAAGCUUUGUUUUGGACUGCUCUAUCUUCUUAGAGAGGUUCAAGAGAUCGCUGUGUGAUUUUUGUUCGAGUGUCAAGCUCAUGCCAUACUCUGUAGCUGUUAACCUUGGAAUGACUGACUUCAAGCCAACUAAGAUCUCUUUGAACCUAGCAGAUCGAUCUAAAAGAAUCCCAAAAGGUCUCUUGGAGGAUGUUCCGAUUAAAGUUGGUGAUUGCAUAAUUCCUACAGAUUUCGUGGUUCUGGAAUAUGGAGAGGAACCCAAAUAUCCUCUUAUCCUGGGAAGAUCGUUUUUAGCUACAGCUGGAGCGGUAAUUGAUGUCAAGCAUGAUAACCUUGAUCUCCACUUGGGAGAUACCAUCAUGACUUUCAAGAUGGAGAAACUGAAGGAUUCAACCAUAGAUAGUCAGACAUUCCAAGUCAGUGCAAUACCUGAAGUGAUAGUUGGAGAUCAGAACGUGCUUGAUGCUGAGAAGGUGAGAGAUCAACCUGAGUUAAUGAAAACGUCUACAGAACCAGUGACUGCGGUUGAUCACGAAGCUCAAAACAUCUCACUCAAUUCAUCUCCACCGAAGCAAUGA